CUGCUGCUUUUCUCUUGCACUGCACAUACUCCUUGAAAUAAACCUUUUUGCUUUGUCAGUGUGUAAGAAGUGGAUUAGUCAUUUAUAGGAUCAGAGACAUAUGAGGGAACUAAGGGAUCUGUCUUGGAUCGAUUUUGAUUGACUCAAAUGUUGCAUUUGCUAAAUAGCUCUGGCAACGACAAGUGACAGUUCUUCCGACGGUAAUUAGCUAACUAACGUUAGCGGCUAGGUGGAAGAAAAGCUAGUGAUGAGUGUGGUUUUAUUGUUUGCCCUGUCAACACCGUUAUGUUAAUUUUAGCCAGCUAACGUUCGCUUUGGUUUGCUCUGUCAGUCAAUUGAUUUUAACGCAAAUGGCAGAGAAAUGGUUCGACGCGGCCUCACAGCAGGUCACGUUGUUAGCAGGUCGCUUGAAUGAACUUCUUUCUAACGGCCUAGACCGCUUGCACUCUGAACUCGGGGUGGAUUUUGGGGUGAAGCCCGAGAUACCGCCAUGGGUGAUCCUCUUAGCAGCGUGCAUUGGGCUCUUGCUAAUGGUGGCUCUUUGGGCCUCGGCCUGUCGCGGUCUCUUCAAGAAGAGCCCUAUAAUUGAAGUCGAUGAGGCCAUUUUAAGCACCGCACAAGCUUCUGUCAAGGCGGUUAGAGCCGAGGAACAGAAAAAAAAGAAAAGGAAACCCACUGAAAAGAAAUCACAGCCAAAUGGACGUGCAGUUGCUGAGCUGCAGGAGGAAGUGAGAGUGACCGAGGAAGACAACCAGCCAGCAGUGCCACAUCUUUGUCCUCAAGUCAAGACAGAGAAUACCUCUGAGAUAAAGAAGACAAAGAAGAAAGAGAAACAGCCUCUAAAAAAGGCUAAGAAGGCUACUUCUGGUGUCAAGGAACCAGAGGAAGUUUUAGGCAGCUGGGAAACCAAGGUCAGUAACAAGGAGAAGCGUGAGCAGCGACGCAAAGACAAGACUACUGGUGAUUGGUCUGGGAGCCCUGAAGGAAUAGAUCUUCUGCCUUGCACUCUUCCCUCAGAGCAACCCAAGGCCAGCCCUAAAGCUGCAGCCCCUGUCUCUGGCUCUGAGAAGAAAGAGAAAAAAAAGAAAGGGGAUUCCUUCAAAACCAAAGCUGAGAAGGCAGAUGCUGCUGUUGCCAUUGGAACAGCUUAUGCGGCCAGCAGCGAUGUGACCCCUGCAGAGGGUUUGGUAGUGGCUGGAGAUUGGACACACCUGGCCCCAGAGGCCCCUGUCCUAACAACUGUUCCUAAUGAGGAGCGUUGGACCAGCCCUGAGACAACCAUCCCUUCUGGCCCAGACAGCAACCCUGACACCACUGUCUGGGGGCAGGAGACUGAAGGAGGAUGGACUGUCAUUGAUGCAGGGAUAACCGGGUUGAAGACCACAGACGUCCAUCUUGGCUCGUUCAGUGGACUAGGAGUUGCUGUGGGACCCCAGCCUGAAAUUCAGUGGCUUAGCCAUCCGCACCAACCAGGAGACGAGUGGUCCGGACUGAAUGGCGGGUCUUCUGCUGAGGUGGACGGUGGCUCUGACUGGAGUGCCCCUGCCGAAGUGUGGGGAAACUAUGAGGAGCCUCCAGCUGUAGAGACUCCUGCCCUUACCGUGGAGGAGCCUCAGUCUGUCAUGAUAUCAGAAAAAGAAGAGGCUUCUACUGAUGUAACCGGAAAAUCGAAAAAGAAGAAAAGGAAGAAGAAGAAAGCUGAAGACGCUGCAGAUACUGGCCAGGAGUCAGAAGAGCCAAUCAGAGAGCUUGUUACUCAGGUCAAGGUGAAGAAGCAGUCAAUCCAAGAGCCUGCUGCUGUGGAGGCAAGAGUGGAGAAACCAGUGGUGGUCCUAAAGAACACGAUCCCUAUUACACAAGUGCCACCCCAACCUGCUGAUAAAGAGACUACCAAGCAGAAUAGUCUACCUGUUCCAACACAGAAGACAUCUGAAGAGAGCCAGCCUUCAAAACCAGUGACCAAGAAGAAGCGAGCAAGAAGAGAAACCUGAAUUGGUGUCAUCGACAUGAUGAAGUUAUAUGCAAAGGACUGGGGGAAGAUGUUCAUCCUGUUUAUGCAACAGUUUGUGUACAGAAUUAUCAUGAAUUGACUGUACAUGUUCAUUUCAACUGAAAUGUCAAACUUCUGACCGACCAACUUCAUGUCCAAAAAGCAAGCCUGGUGAAAAGGAUGCGAUUCUUAUCAAUAUCUUAUUGUGGGCACACACAUUUUUCCCCCUACACUUCUUUUGAAUGAUGGAUAAGAAAUCUAGAAAAUAAAUAAUAAUGAUUUAAUAGUGA